GGUGUAUCAAAUUGUUGACAGUGCAGAUAUUGUUGGACGUGGGUUUCACAAUUGUUGGACGUGGGUUUCACAAUUGUUGGACGUGGGUUUCACAAUUGUUGGACGCAUAGAGACUUUCGAAAACAAGUCGUGCAAACUUAACUGAAAUUUCGUUGUUUUGUUAAAAUUGUAUCUAUAAUUGAUCAAACUCAGUUAAUUAGAAAGAGCUGUUGUUGAUGGAGUAUUUGAGUCGUGCACAAUAAAAUGUGAGUUUUUAUUGGAUUCAAUUAUUUUUUUUUACAACAAGAAAUAUUAAAAUGAGAACUUAAAUUACUUACUUUAGAAAACUCUAUCUUAUAAGCUUAUUUCAAUAAUAUUAUUUGUCAUCCUUUUUUCUGAUUACUGUCAUUUUCUUGGAAUGCGUGCAGUAAACAAAAUGUAUAGAAAUUAGAAUUAAAUCUUUGUUUACCUUUGAUUAAUAAUCUAUUCUAUAAUGCAACUUUAAUAUUAAUUAAACAACUCCUAGAAACAUCGAUUUUCAUAUAAAUCCUUUAUAAAAUUUAAUUUCGUGCAAUACUGAGUGGGUCUAAAAAUUUGACAAAACAUGCAUACAAGAAACGCCCUUAUAAGAAUCCAAAUUAGUUCCCCCCAGGGCUCCCCACCCCAAAUUUCUUCACCCCCCCCCCCCCAGGGCUAUAUUUAAUAUUCCAAUGAAACAUCCGCAUUGGCACCGCAGAUUUAUUUCACCAACUAUCUCAGAAAAAAAUAAAGAAAAGAUUACGCGCCAAACGCACUUUCAAUUAUUUAGUCAGAGACUUAUAAAAACAGCAUAUGCCGUCUAUAGACCAUAGAAAUUAAAUUAAUAUUACUUUCUUCUCUCCUUUUCUGUAUCCCAAUGUUAUUUUUAUUUUUUGAAAGAAACAAUUCCAAGAGACGGGAUGGCCGCAGCGUUGGCGUGCCUGUCUUUCGCAGUGCUGUUUGUGGCAGGCGUGCCGCGGGCCGAUGCUGCGACGUACGCCGGCGUCGACCUGGACGGGAAUCUUCAGGACGGCGACAAGGACUUCUUGUUCGACUCGUUUCCCGACGGCUUCGUGUGGGCGGCGGCCACGGCUUCCUACCAGGUGGAAGGGGCGUGGAACGAGGACGGUAGGUCAUACGAGGGCCGUUCUAAGCAGGAUCAGCCCGUUUGUAGUCAGAUGGGCAUACGUUGUUGUUUUUUUUAACAAGAAGAUGAUCUUUUGGAGAUAGUCCCACCAUGAGAAGGGUGUGGCACUUUGGGGGAUACUCGCACUUUUAGAAGGGCCUUGCACUUUUUGAGAUACUCGCACUUUUAGAAGGGCCUUGCACUUUUUGAGAUACUCGCACUUUGAAAAGGGCGUUGCAGUCUUAGAGGCAUGUAUAAUUUUUGGAGUGCCUUAAACACGUCAAAGGUAAUGAUGCGUCCAUCAACAGGUACACAUACAUAGAACGUUUCCCACUCUAUUCCCUCACACAAGCUAGAGCCUUUGUUGACCCGUGUGUGGAAAUGACUUGGUCAUACUCUUGUGCGUGCGGUAAUCAGCUGUAGCGGAGUCGUCCGUAGGACGGUACAAUAUUGGGUUUCAAUGAGACAGCUGAUUUUAAGUAGGAUGGUACAUUAUUGGGUAUACUACGACGGUACAUUAUUGGGUAUACUACGACGGUACAGUAUAAUGUUUGAAUGAAAAAGCUGUCGUCAGUAUUUCGGUACAGUAGACGGUACAGUUGGACGGUACAGUAGACGGUACAGUUGGACGGUACACUAGACGGUGCAGUAUAAUGUUUGAAUGAGGUAGACGUUGUCAAAAGGACGGUACAAUAUAAUGUUUGAAUGAUACAGCUGUUGUCAAUAGUUCGGUACAGUAUAAUUUUUGAAUAAGACAGCUGUUGUCAGUAUUUCGGUACAGUAGACGGUACAGUAUAAUGUUUGAAUGAGAUAGCUAUUGUCAGGUGGUAAACCUAUGAACAGUUUGCAAUGCAAACAUUUCAGCACCUGUAUACUUUAUUUUAUUUUCAUACAUUUUGAUUGACAGGUAAAGGUCCAAGUAUCUGGGACAUCUUCACCAGUGAACCAGGUCGUGUUGACAACAACGAGAAUGGUCAGGUGGCGUGCGACAGCUACCACAAGUACAAUGAAGAUGUUCAGCUCCUGAAACAGCUGGGCGUAAGUUACAUUGUGCUGUAGACCAGUGAUUCCUAAACGUUUAAAGUUUGGUCGGAUGUGUCGAUAAGGUUCUCAUUGCGACUAAAUGUUUUAAUCACUUGUACCAUUUUAUUUGACCUUAACUAUGCCAUAAACUAUUAUUUGACUUGCAAUCAUCCAUCUGAGAGUUCUCUAAUAACCAUUGCCAUUCAAUGCGAGAAUACCCUACCAACAAGUUCCACUCAAUGCGAGAGUACUCUUAUAACUCUUUCCAUUUAAUGCUUGUCAUCCUUUUUUUGUUAUGCAUGUCUAAUUUUAUUUAACUUUUAUCCAACGGCGUAGCUAGGGUUGAUGCCGCCCCGGGAGGGCCAAGAAUUUUGCAACCCCCUUCCACAAAAACAAAAAACCAACCCCCCCCCCCCCAUAAAAAAAAUCCUCUGUGGUGGCCAAAGAUACCGCCGGAGUAUAUUUAUUUUCGUCCCCCCCCUUCCGCCCCCCCCCUUUACACACGCCUCUGCUUUUAUCAAGUUUCCUGUCUCGUGUUGUGCGGACCGGCAACGUAAGACUCAUGGACCGGUAACGGUCCACGGACCACGCUUGUGGGGGAAACACAGUGUCUAACUAAUAGAACACAUGGCUCGUGCCGUGAUGUCUACGUGUGAUGUCCCUCCAAUAUUAUUGACCCGGUCUGGUUCGGGAUAUAAGAAAUAAGACAAGCGAUGUCUAAGCAUCGUGUAAUUUAAGGCAAAAACUACAUCCCUGUUCUAGGUGACCCACUACAGAUUCUCGAUUGCCUGGACAAGGCUGUUACCUGAUGGCACGAACAAGACCGUCAACAGGGCUGGAAUCGAUUACUAUCACAGGUAAAUUGUAGGCAUAAAUGUCUCCUAGGAAAAAAUAACUUACACGUUUUGUCUAUGUAUUAUUAACUUUCAGAGAUAAAAUUAGCAAAUUUAAAUUUUAAUGGAUUUGAUGACUGUGAAGAUAUCGAUUAUAUUGCAGGCUAAUCGCUGAGCUCAAGGCCAACGGAAUAGAACCGAUGGUGACGAUCUACCACUGGGACCUGCCUCAGGCUCUUGAGGUGAAGGGCGGAUGGCUGAACGGGGACACAGUUGGACACUUCAGAAACUUUGCUGACCUUUGCUUCAAAGAGUAUGGACGAGAUGUAAGCUUCACACGUCGGCCAGUUUUCAGACUUUCGUUUCGACCAGAUACCUGAUAUAAUGUUGUUUUUUAUUAUUGGCCUUUACAUUUCCAAGUCAUACCCCGUGGAAGAAACGGUCACACUUUUAGAGGGAUUAAGUGUUGCCCCUAUAGCGAAACAGGAAGUAAGGAGGGGGAGGGAGGGGGGGAGGGAGGGAGAGAAACAGCUGUCUUUUAAUAUCUUUUUCAAUAAAGUGCCGAUGUCUCAUCAUCUGUGUCGAUCGCCUGGCACGGAAACUCGAACUCAUUAAUUGCACACUUGUUAGUUCUUGUCAUGUUCUCUAAUAUGGGCUCACUUUCCGGAAGGACUUACGCCUCUUGGAACACGGGAAUUAGUUUUAAUAGCACUGUGUAUCCAGAUAGUGGCGAUUAUGUAAAUGAAAUGAUAAGAUACACAUUUAGACGGAAAGCAUACUUUAUAACGCAACAUAUACAUUUUAGCAUAUGUGUACAGAGGAUUAAUUUAUUUAAUUAACAUUUCCCAAUUUCCCUUCUGCUGCAGGUCACAUACUGGAUUACACUUAAUGAACCGUGGGUGGUGUCCGUCUAUGGGUAUGGUUACGACCAGAUGGCCCCUGGUCGGUGGGGGCCCGGGACGAACAGUUACAUCGUGGCCCACCAUCUGAUUAAAGCUCAUGUUGCGGCAUAUCACCUGUACAACGACACAUACAGGGGCCAGAGCCCAGGAGGCAAGGGUAGGUAAUACAUGCAAGGGCUAUAGUCCAGAAGGCAAGAGUAGGUAAUACAUACAAGGGGCCAGGGUCCGGGAGGAAUGGGUAGGUAAUACAUACAGGGGCCAGAGUCCAGGAGGCAAGAGUAGGUAAUACAUACAAGUGGUCAGAGUCCAGGAGGCAAGGGUAGGUAAUACAUACAGGGGCCAGAGUCCAGGAGGCAAGGGUAGGUAAUACAUACAGGGGCCAGAGUCCAGAAGGCAAGGGUAGGUAAUACGUACAUAGGCCUGAAUCCAGGAGGCAAGGAUGGGUAAUACAUACAUGGGCCAGAACCUAGGGGGCAAGGGUUGGUAAUGCAUACAGAUUCCAGGCGGCAAGAGUAUGUAAUACAUACUAGUGCCCAAUCCAGGUGGCUAGGGUGGGUAAUACAUACGGGGGCCAAAAUCCGGAGGCAAGGGUAAGUAAUACGCUCAGGGGCAACAAUCCAUGAGGCAAUGGUACGUAUUACAUACAGAGGCCAGAAUCCAGGAGUCAAGGGUACGAAAUACGUACAGAAGCCUGAGUCAAGUAUGCUAGGGUAGGUAAUAUAUACAAGGGCAUGAGUCCAGUGUGCAAUUGUAGGUAAUACAUACAUCAGGGUAAUGGUAGCUUUUUUAAAAUCAUUUUCAUUAUAAAACAUUUUUUAAUGUUUGUGUGUUUCUUUUUUUAAAAGCCCCACUUUAUUGAAUAAAGACAAUAGGGCUUGUCAUUUAAUUGCGGAAAUCUAUUAAUAGAACUGAUGUCAUUAUUACUCGUCAGCCGGGUACUCAGCGCGGACAAAAUGUCAACACUGUUCAGUAUUACUAUGUUAGCGAAGUGUCCCUGAAACUUGUUUACAACUCUAUUUUACGAAAUAUUUUAGAUAUAUAUUUUUUUUUACUUCCAUUUUCUGAAAUGGGACUUCAUUGCGCGAACGGCAAACGUAACAGUAACUCUAGAUACAAGGAUCGUCCGAACGAUAUGCUGAAACACACUAUAAGCUGCCAUGUUUUAAGCAAUAUUUGUCCGCUGACCUUCUAAAAAUAGUACCCUAUGACGUUUUCCGGUCUAAGAAAUGACAAAGCCUAUUGCUGCUUUUGUCUUAAACUACACAUAACUGUGUUGUUGUUGCUCCCACAGGCCAGAUUGGGGUCACAUUAGUGUUGAACAAUGACACGCCCAAGAACCGUUCGAAUCCCGAGGACAUCGAGGCGUCUGAGAGGGGCAGACAAUUCAUCUUUGGAUGGUUUGCCAAUCCUAUCGUUCUGACAGGUAACUUGGGGUUCAAUGUUAAACGUGUUAACAAAUAUUAGAUUUUAACCAUGUAAUACAAAAUGCUUCAGCUACGACCAAUUAAGGCGUCUAAAGAAAAUAUAAUAAGUUCGAUUAUUUAAACUAUUCUAAGCUCUUUAUCUGUGAUAAUACAUUAAUAUAGUCGGGUACUUGUCUGAGGGUAUGAGAAUCACUGUUGUUAGUAUGAACGAUGUUUGAGUCCGUGAGUUGUCUUUCUGUUAUUCUGAAUGAUCAUUGGAUGACAGGAAUUGAAUAAUAAACUAGUGUGGGGGUAUAGGGCGUGAGAUAGAGAGAGUGGAAGGAGAGGUAGAGAGAGUGGAAGAGAGAGAGAGAGAGAGAGAGUUGACAAAGGACAUGGUCAUGAUAAAUUAGUGAGUGGUACCUCCUGUGUUGUUGUUUUGUAUAGACUGUGUAGUUAUACGGAGAUACUGCAACCAGGUGAAACUGAGUGACGGAUACACGUCAUGAAGAAGAACCCUAGUCAUUCAUAAAGUGUUUGCGUUCCAAUAUUCUGUGUACCUGGGCAUUUGUUGAUAGACAUUGUUGUAGAUUACCUGGGUAUUCGCUGAUAGACAGUGUUGCAGAGUUCCUGGGUAUUCGUGGGUAGAGAGUGUUGUAGAGUACCUUGAUAUUAGCGGAUAGACAGUGUUGCGGAGUACCUGGGUAUUCGCGGAUAGACAGUGUUGCAGAGUACCUGGGUAUUCGCUGAUAUACAGUGUUGUAGAGUACCAUCGCAAACGUUGCCAGAAAAUACUCAAAGAUGCUUGACUAGGGUUAUAGAGUAUUUUAACAGCGUUGCCGAAAUCUCAAUUCAUGUAAAGUUAUAUCUGCUUAAAUCAAAGCAAGCUAUUUCUUGAGUGCCAGUGUUAGCGCAAACUCUAGGGGCAAUCAUUAAAUCAAAGUAAGCUAUUGUUUGAGUGUGUCAGCGUUAGCACAAACUAUAGGGGCAAUCAUUAACUCAAAGUAAGCUACUGUUUGAGUGUGUCAGCGUUAGCACAAACUAUACGCAAUCAUUAACUCAAAGUAAGCUAUUGUUUGAGUGUGUCAGCGUUAGCACAAACCAUACGCAAUCAUUAACUCAAAGUAAGCUAUUGUUUGAGUGUGUCAGUGCCAGCACAAACUGUAGGCAAUCAAUCAACUACCUUAUUACAGUCAUGGAGCGUUAGUGGAGGAGAGGGAAGGGGGGAGAGAGUGAAAAGUGAGCCCCGCUAAAACAAAAUAUAACACUUUUCUGAGUGAGAUUUCAUAGUUUUAGUGAGACUGGUGAAGACAGUGAUGCCCUCCCCUCAUAUUUCAUUGUGACACUUGUAAAAAGCGUCAUGUAUUUACUGAAACACUUGUCUACAGGAGACUACCCCGAAGUUAUGAAAUCAAAGAUCUUAGAAAAGAGUCUGAAACUCGGACAGACUUCUCGUCUCCCUUCGUUCACGCCACAAGAAAUCCUUCAAAAUAAAGGUAGAGGAUCAAUUUUAAAAAAAAAGAAAAAUAAAUAAAAUACACUAACACAACUUAAAACCUGUUAACGUUAUCUCAUAGUAAAAUAUCUCGCGAAAAAAGUCUAAAUGUUUUCUUAAAGCACUAAACAAUUCACAUGUUAUUAAAUAAUCAUUUUUUAACAUUUUUCUGUUGGUUCGAUUUUUCAACUUGAUUUAUGUUUCAGCUUUGUUUGAUAUUUUUAAUGUAUUCGUUAUUGCUAUGAAAAUGUGAUGUUUUUUUUUUUAAAGGGGGUGUGGGGGAGGGGGUGGUGUAGUUUUAUUAUAAUCUGUGAUGUUUAUACGUUAGAUAAGCUCCAAAAAAUAAUUUAUAAAUUGUUUCAUACAUGUUUUUGAUAUGCGAUAAUAAGACAUGGACCAAGUGCUGCUAUGUAAGGGAGAUAAGAACACUAAGUUGUUAAGUACAGCAGUGGUCUCGCUUGAAUUUAGCGUGGUGAUUUUAUUGGUUGUACAAAUCGUAAUGUUAUAAGACAAUUAAAGGCUUUGGAAUAAGACAAUGUUUUAUUUUUGUUUUAUUUUGGAGGGUAGGGUUGUUUUUUUUUUUGUUUUUUUUUAGGCUUUGGAAUAAGACAAUGUUUUAUUUUUGUUUUAUUUUGGAGGGUAGGGUUGUUUUUUUUUUUGUUUUUUUUUGGGGGGGGGGGGGGUGUGGAGUUUUAAUGUAAUGUUUAUAUUUAUAUACAAAUAGUUAUUAGUGCUUAAAUCGUUAAGAAAAUUAACAGCUUUUUUGAUUAUAUUUCCCGCUUUAAAGGCACAGCAGACUUCCUGGGACUCAACUACUACACAUCUAAUUACGCGACUACAGCUGACCUGCCCUUUGACCCACCAGGAUAUCAGUUCGACAUGGACAUCGCAAGAGAGACCGACCCUUCCUGGACGGGGUGAGAGGGUUGGAGGAGGGGGGGUUCACAUGAUUCCAUUUCCCUCAAAAUGUUUCAGUUUUUGAAAUCGUUUGUAAAAUACUUUUGUGUGUGUCCAGAUUCGAAUUAACAGCCGUAUCCUUUAUUGACAUAAACCGGUGAUAGAUCAAUGCACAACGUUUUAAAAUCUACAUUUGAUUAAAGAAAUGACACCUUUAUUCCUACAAGCAAGCAUACAAGAAUGUGGCUUUUUGAUUUUACAUUUUUUUGGGGGUAAAAUUGAUCUAUUUCCAUUAGAUUUGUCGUAUUAAAAAGUUGGGGUGCUGGUGAUCUUUAAACUCUAUGAAUUUACCUAUUUUUUUUUCCAUUAUUUUUUCGAUUAGGUCUGGAUCAUCGUGGCUCUUCAGUGCACCUUUAGGAUUCCGUGAGAUCCUCAACUGGGUUAAAACCACGUACAACAACAUCCCAGUCUACAUCACGGAGAAUGGUGUCUCCGACAGGAAUGGCACUUUGCGAGAUGCUUUCAGGAUCACGUACUACAGACAGCACAUCAAUCAGAUGUUGAAAGGUGAACGAUUAUAACAUUCUUAAAACAUUUUAACUAUUAAUUUAAAAAAAAAACCCCAAAAAAUUUAAAUGGAAACUAUUUUAGAAAAGAUAAAUAUUCAAUUUGAUUCGAAUCUUAGUGUUUCAGAUUUUUUUGUUUCGGCAAACUACUGCUCCAAGGGGGGGCACUUUAAACGGGAAAAAUACAAUUUGACUAAACAAUCAUCUGCGGAGGAAAUAUUUUUAAAAAAAUAGGUUUUAAGGUAUUUUAAGGAGCGAAUGUAAUUUUUACAAACACAGCUUGGGUUUCCUUUUAAUAUUAGAGAUUAUUUCAAGGUAAGAGUAUAAUUGUUUUAACGUAGAAAACAAACAUUCCAGCGAACUGGAACUUUGAACUUUGAGCUUUGAACUUUGAAUUUUUUUUAAAACAAAAAUUAUCAUAGAAUGUAAAUAUAUCUAAAACAUUUUUCAGCUAUCAAACUUGAUGGGUGUGAUGUCAGGGGUUACGUCGCCUGGUCCCUGAUGGACAACUUUGAGUGGGCGAGAGGAUUUUCAGAAAGGUUUGGGUUUUAUCACGUGGAAUUCAACGGCCCAAAUAGAACCAGGACGCCCAAGGCUUCAGCUCAGUUCUUCUCCAAUCUUAUUCGGGACAAUGGGUUCAAGAAAGGCUAUAGGUGAGUAGUUCAGAGGUUAUGCUCUUCUAUCCUCAUUCAAGAGAGGUUAAAGGUGUUAGACAGUAGGUCAAAGUUUGCGUCCAUAUUUUUUCUUAUAUGAGAAAUUAAUCAUGUUAUUAUAUUUUAUCUUCAAUUGUUGACAGCCUAAAUGUUUUCAGUGUUUUUUUCUCAGGCAAGUUUCACCGGAUAAAAGUGUGUGGGGGGGGGGGGAUUUCAAAAUUUUGGGAGGCAACUACAAGUGGAGAGAUCAUAACUAUGGGGUGCAGACACGGCCGGGUGCUAAGGGGGUGCGGGGCCUUGGGAGAAAUGAAUUUUGCGGGGCCGUUGACGUUAUAUAUUCCGCCGAUAGGAUAUCAAGACACUUAUAGUCGUACUGGGGGCCUUGCUGGUCACAAUGGGACACGACAUGACGGAUAUUUGUUCAUUCGCUUAGUUUUAAAAAAAAAUCUAAUUUUUUCCUAAAACAGUUAAUUGCCCUGGCCCAAAUUACUCAUCGUGGCUCCAUUGUUACCAAUUUUAAGGUCGUCAAACACAAAUAACAAACACGAAGCGGAAUGAGCUAUUGUACUCUGGACCCAAGCAAAACAUAAGCAAAAAAUAUGACAAACAAAAUAUACUAUGGCAACGCGCGGGGCCCCAUCCACUUCACCACCCCCUAACCCCGGCCCUGGGGCAGAGGGUACAGAUGCAAACUAGAAUCAAACUGGAGGGGGUGCUGAAAUUGGGGGGUAAAAGUGAAUAUUGGUCCCUGGCGCCUCUGUCACUGACGUAGAAAAAACGAAAGGGGGGGGGAGGGAGCUGAUGGGUUGGUCUACCCAACUUUUUCUUUAUAUGUGGGAGUGGAGUUUUAGGACAGAUGUGGAAUUUAUUUCGUGACAGCGCCUUGACCGAUAUUUUGGACCACCCAGAAUCGCCGAUCAGUUUUAUUUGGAAGUAGGGCGAAAAUUAGGACGCCGGUUGCUCUUGAGUGGAAGAGGGGAUCUGGAAAGCUCCAUGCAUAGAAAAAAUUACAUUUUUUUCAUUUUGGAGUACAUCUGAAUUCAGUAUUUCUAUUAUUCUCGGGGGAGGCAUUAUGGCGCCCAGUGCCAUACAUAAACUAAAAUCACUCAUUUUUUUUUUUUUUUUUUAUUACUUAAUAGUAACGUUUUAAAAUUUUUCAUUUAAACUAUUUUUUAGUUAAACUGCUUAAUAAAUAAAUAAAUAAAUAAAUAAAUUUGCAACAAAAAAGUUUACAUUUAAAAAAAAUAAAGAAUUCUUGCAAAGAAGGUUUCCAUCACACAAAAAAAAAAAGCAAACAUUUCUAACACAAUGUGAUAUGUUCAAUGCGGAUAAUUUGAUUCUUUUUUUUUUUUUUUUUAAUAAUAUUUCCAAGUUCAUCAGUCUUAUCUGUUUUAUCUGUUUUUUAAAAGGGUCUGUAAAUUUUUAUGGGUUUUCAAAACUGGUCAUGGUUUGCANGGUUUUGGGGGGGGGGGGGGAGCGGCGCACUUCAGAUUUUUCGUGGCGUGGGGGGGCAGUGCCAGCAGUUCCAGUUGAUUUAUUGUUGGACAUAUUUUUGCUCCGGGGGGGGGGGGCACUUCGCUUUUCCUGGGGGUGCACUCCCCCCGCUCCCCCUUUUCGGAGAUAUAGCUGAAAGAAACCCUGGUUACAUAUCGUAUAUGAAUGUCAUAAUUAUGUUAAGAAGACAUGAGAUGUUUAUUUGGAAUUCCAAAUUACUGUAAGUCUCUUCAAAUAAAGUGUCUAUUUGAUAUACUUUAAACUAUUGAUUUUUUAGUGUUUUUUUAAGACUUAAAAUUUCCAAAAAAUAAAUCUAUAAAAGACACUAAAACUUGCGAACUAUAAGAUGUAAAGCUUCGGCUUACAACCAGGAGCGGCCAAUUUCAGAACAGUGCAAUGUUUUAUGACUGUCACAACUUUUUCUCGGAUUCCUGCCCUUCCUAUCUAACCGAACUUCCUUCUGUCUAUUCACCCCUUCGACAGCUUCGCUCCUCUGCAGACACGCGUAUUCUGUCCAUUCCCAAGACACACACUAAAACAUAUGGUGGACGAUCUUUCUCUUUCUGCGACCCCAACAAUGGGAUUCUUUGCCGCUACACAUCCGCAAUAUAACCAACCACCCAGGCCUUCAAAACUGCACUCAAAACACUUUAAACUGUACACGCCUGUUUGAUUCCCCUCCUCUGACCGAUAAAUGAUCUUGCUGGCUGCCGUCCAUGGUUUGCCUUGUAAAAGUCCUGGGGUUCAUGCUGUUCUUUAUUUCAUAAUUGUUUUUGAUUUUAAUGUCAUGAUUAGGUCUCUUUUGAUAAUAUUUUUAUGUACAGCGCGGUGAGCCCAGCCCUAGGCUGGGGUAACGCGCUAUAAAACACCACUAAUUAAUGUUAUUUUUAUUAUUAUUAUUAUUAUCGAAUAGUGUACGCCUCUAACAAGAUUAGCCUUAAAUAUACGGAUCAUUAAAUAUACCGAGCGUCGCGAUAUUUCAUAGGUUCGACUCAUUGUAAUUUUUUCAAGGCACGCGUUACUCUUCAUUUUUUUAAUAAAACAUUUCUGUAUGGUCUUUUUUUUAUAAAAAUAUAUUUAAAUUUUAUUGUUGUAUACACGUUUUUGUCCGAGGUUGGUGCGGGGGGGGGGGAGAAGGGUUACUUGACUUGUUCAGGGGGCAUUGCACCCCCACCCGAGAGAUGCCUGAAAGGUUUAAUAUAAAAAUGGUGUAUUUGCAUAUUUUAAACUAACUAAUCAAGGGGGUUAAAUGAUCAAAAUCAAUGCCAUCAUUUUAUUGUGUAUAUUCAAACCAUAAUUUAUGAAUUGCUGUGUUUUAAUUAAAGUGGAAAAGCUGCUCAGCCCACAGGGAUUGUUUAUUUGGAAGAUGAGUUUGAAGUCCUCUACGACCAAUUCCCCGAUGAUUUCGUCUGGGCGGCGGCUACUGCAGCCUAUCAAAUAGAAGGGGGUUGGAAUGCAGAUGGUACGACAUCAAAAGUUAAACUUGCGUGCAAAUAGAUUCAAAAUGUUUUACAAUGUUAAUAAAAAAAUCAUCACAUGAAAUAAAUACUUCUUAUUAACACUUAAACUGUAGAGGGAUCAAACGUUUUAAAGCUUGGGUCUUAAUUGUAAAUGCAGUAAAAAAGACACACUAUUUUUAAGCUUGGCUCAGAGUGGAUGACAAAAGUAAAAGUGAAUUGAAAAUCAAAUUAUCAAAGAGCUUCAUGUCAAACAUGACUAAACGACACAAACUCCUUCAUUUUAAUAACAGGAAAAGGUCCUAGCAUCUGGGACACCUGGGCUCACAGCCAUAAAAUCGCUCACAAUGAGACAGGUGACGUGGCGUGCGACAGCUACCACAAGUACAAGGAGGAUGUCCAGUUGCUCAAAAACCUGAAAGUAAUUUAUUGACAUUAUAGGCUUCAGUGUUCGGGUGUCAUUGUAUGAAUCGUCUCAGGUCUUAGUUGGGCGAUCUUCAAAUUUGAGCAGUUGAGAAAUAAACGUGACAAUUCAAUAAUCAUCAUUUAAAAACAAAAUUUAAAUUGUUUUAACACUAUAAAAAAAACAAAAAACUAUUAAUGAUUUGGACAAUGAGAUUAAAUUCUCUACAAUCAUCAUUAGCAGCAAAUUAUUUUUAAUAUAAAUGAAAAUUGCACUGUUUGUUUUGGGUUUUUUUUCAUGUAAGAGACUCCGAAUCGAUUUUUCAGUAUCAGAGUAAUAACUUUAUUUCCAGAUGAACCAUUACCGUUUCUCCAUCUCUUGGUCACGUGUCAUGUCAGAUGGAACACCAAACACCGUAAAUGAGGCUGGGAUACAAUAUUAUAACAACCUCAUUGAUGAGCUUCUUGCUAAUAAUAUCAAGUAGGUUCAGUUUAUGGUUACGAAUUUCAAUUAACUGUAAAUGCUGAAUGAUUUCCUAAAAAAACUGAAAGCUCGUUGAAAGACAUGGAAAAUAAAAAUAAAAAUAAAGUACAUGUAUUUUUUUUUUUUAAAAAUGAGCGAAAUGCAGCACAAACACACACAAAAAACGGUAAAUGAUAAUUUAAUACAUAUGAAAUGUAAGAUUGGACGUAAAUAAAAUUCGUUUCAAGAAUAGAGAUCUUGAUGAAGAAAAGCUGAGAAAAAUUUUCAUUUCAGUGUGAACAAAAAUUUGAACAAAUCUUAUUUCUCCAUUCUUGACAUACAUUGACAUAUAAGAAUUUUUUUUUUUAAAUUGUUCCUUUGAUCUAUAUUCACCUCUUUUAUAUCAGACCCAUGGUAACGCUGUACCACUGGGACCUGCCCCAAGCCCUAGAAGACAAAGGCGGUUGGCUCAACUCAACCAUACAAGACGACUUUUCCGCCUACAGCAGAUUGUGCUUCCAGAGAUUCGGUGACAGGGUAACUUAAAGAUUUUUUUUUUAAAAAAUCAUCUUACCAUGAGUAUAAUAAACACAAAACAUUUUUUUUUAAAAAAAUCAUCUUACCAUGAGUAUAAUAAACACAAAACAUUUUUUCUAGGGGCUGAAAUGAAUUUAGGUAAUUUAGUCAUGUAAAUAAUUAAAGACAAUCAAGGACUGGAACAAUCUUUCAAAAGUAAUGGUUGAAGCGACAACACUAGUUGCCUCAAGCCUUCAAAACCCUAGUGCAUGAUUCCCUCACAAAGUGGCACUGGAAAUCUGUGAAAUUUCCUCAUCACCACCAGGAACAGAAACAUUGCAAAUCCCAUCUACAUGCAUAGGAGCCAAAAUGAUCAAUAAAUUGAUCGUGGGCCCUUAAGAUAUAGAAGAAGAAUAAGAAUUAUUCAUUCAGAAGGAAUUAGAACAACAUUCGUUUUUUAAAUUAUUUGUAACUAAAUAUGUAGGGGCAAACAUUUACAAUGAACAUUAUGAAUAAACGGAUUUGAUAUUGAAAAAAAAAUUAGUAUCCUUAAGUGCUGGAUUAUUAAAAAAAAACACCAAAUAAUGUGAAACAUUAGCUAAAAUAAAUUCUACAUUGUUUUUGUCUUAAUAUUUUGGUAGGGUUUAGUGCAAGUGUAAUUUCCAGGUGGGUAUCUUAUCCCGAGAUCAUACCAAAAAAAUAUCUCUUAUUCACAUAUUAAAGAAAUUACCUUCCUAAAUGUUCAUCUAUUUUAUGUUGUAAAUUAUCAUAAUUUGAAAUGUAGGUUAUAUUGCAAUUACUUUAAAAAAAAAAACCCAGUAAAUGUAGCAAACAAAUUUUAAUUCCUAAAUAAUUGUAUCGUUGAUGCAAUAGUAAUAAUUAAAAUCAUCAAAGGAUAUACAUUUUAAUUAACUCUUAAUACAGUGGUGCCUCGAGAUACGAAUUUAAUUCGUUCCGUCACCUUGCUGGUACGUCAAGUUGCUCGUAUCUCGAACGUUUCUCGUAUUUCAAAGCACAAUUUCGCUAGCUCCGACAGCUCGUAUCUAAAAAAUCAUUUACUUGGAAACAAAUUGAAUCCUUACAUUUUUAAAUAUUUUUGAUUUAUUAUUGAAUUUCUCUAGUAGUUAAUAAUUCGUUGAGUCCUCUGUCUUUGAUUCCUGAUUAUUGAAAUUUAUAUUUAAAAAAACUAUGAAUAGCAUGAUUUGAUAUUGCUGUGCUAUUUUCUAGGUAAAGAAAUGGAUCACCUUUAACGAGCCUCCCAUCGUUACAAUACUGGGGUAUGGUGACGGAGUUUUGGCCCCUGGUGGCCAUGACCAAGCAAGAGGAGCCUACGUCAGUGGCUACAACCUGAUCUUGGCACAUGCCAAAGCGUACAGGAUUUAUGAGAAGGAAUUUAAGAACACGCAGAAAGGUUUUUUUUUUUUUUUUUUUUUUUUUUUUUUUUUUUUUUUGGAAAAUAAUUUUUUUUAAAUAAAAAUUACAGCCAUCAAAUAUAUAUUUUUUGGAAAUUCGAUAGAUAUGACAAGCAAGGGAAGGCAUUCAAAGUUAUUUCUCCUUGAUCCCAAAGGGUUGUCGAUAUUAAUCUUUAACCGUGGUCCCACAUUUCAUCUGAAAGAUAAGGAGAUGUCCACUAUUAUUUUAUUUAGAAAAAUUAAAGUGAGACUUGGGCUACAGGUUCAUGCUACAGGUUUAGGCUACAGGUUAAGGCUACAGGUUUAGGCUACAAGUAACUCUUACGCAAGAUUUUAAAUCUUUAGUGCAGAGAAAGAAUGUAAAAAAUUUAAAAAAUGAAUGCAACAAAAGAUAUUUUAAUGCUAUUCUUAUAUGUUUUUUUAUCUUGACACAUAAUUUUAAAAAAAAACAUCAAUUUCCUGUAAAUUAUUUAUAGCAGUCAUGCCAUUUAAUCCAGUACAAAAUAUUAAUAAGUAUUUAAGUUACCUCACUCAUUUAUAAAAUAGCUAAAUAGCUAUUUUUUAAAUUAAAAACCAACCCUAAUCCAACUGUCUUUAGGUGAAGUGGGCAUCACCAUCAAUCAGAACUGGCCAGAGCCGUUAGAUCCACUGAAUGGUGCAGACGUUGAGGCCUCAGAACGAAGCCUGUACUUCUACGCCGCAUGGUUUGGUCACCCGAUCUUCGUCAAUGGGGAUUAUUCUGAGGUAACGUCUCUGUUUAUAAGGGAAUGAACAGAGCAAAGUGGGUGCUGGCUGGACGAGCGGUCUAAACUGACUUAAUCCAAAUUAGUGGAGCUCAAUCCCCACCAAAGCCAACAUCCCAAGCACCCCAGAUGGAUGGGACACGUUAGCCUUGGACGGCAACUCAUCUAAGAUAAGGCAAAUCCUGAAAGUCAAAACAGGAGCCACAAUGAUAAAUAAAUUGAUCGUGGGCCCCUUAAUAUGAAAGAGAACAACAAUUAAUGUUAUAACAUAUUUUUUAAAAAAAUAACGACAACAAUAAAAUAUUUUAAAAGAAUGUCUUAUAAAAAUGAUUAUAUAUAUUAAUUGAAUGAUAAGCUUAAAUAUAUUUAUCAAUACUUGUUGUGUAAUGUUUCUACAGGUGAUGAAGCAGAGAGUGGCAGACAGGAGCAAGGCGCAAGGCCUCUCAGAGAGUCGUCUCCCUGCUUUCACUGAUGCUGAGAAGCUAAUAAUUAAAGGUUAGAAAUUAUUGUAUGUAAUGCAUUACGUUAGAGGGUAGGUCAAACAAUAGAAUGAAUAUCUUCAAAUAUUGUUAAUUAUUGCCAAUUAGUUUAAUGCGUAUUGUGGGAGUCUUUUCGGUGUGAUUAUAUCUGAUGAAAAAAAAAUAUUUUUAUCAACAGAAAGAAGCGAAAUACUUCCAAUUUAUUUUUCCAAAACUUCAAAAGCAAUUUUAAUAGUUUAAUACGAAAUUUAACAGGACCAUUGUGUUUCUAUAACUGAAUACUUGUUUAAUCUGCAUAUGAUCAUGGGAAUUGAAAAGUUAUCCUAGGCUAACAUUACAUUUUUGCUGCAACAGCUGAUUUUAUUCCUAGAAAUAUUCGUGAGAUUUUAUUUCAGUCCUAGCCACUGACAAGACAUGUCAUCUUUUACUCUAGCACAGCAGUUACCACAAUGUUUAAAAAAAAAACACUUUUUAUAGGUCAUAAUGUUCUUAAUUUUUUUACAUUUCAUGCCCGUCCCUAGGGUCUGCCGACUUUUUGGGUUCGAAUUUCUAUUCUGCCAACUAUGAGACUGACGACCCCCAGCCCCCAUCAAACCCGCCAAGCUACUACAAUGACAAGGAAACAAGAGGUGAAAAUGACCCAAAGUGGUUAGGGCAAGUAUAACUCUUUUCAUCAAUCUAUUUAAGGUAAAACUAUUGUAAUGAUUAAAAUGUUAGGUAAUAAAUACAGUGGAAUAAGAUGAUGUUUAGGCUUAAAUUGUGUCCAUUUUGGUGUUAAUAUACUUGCUCAAAAUAUACUUGUCCCCACCCCUAUAUUUUUCUUCACUUUUCAAGCCUAAACAUAUUUUGUUCCACUAUUUAUUCACGUCCACAGCUUGAACUAACUCCCUCAUAAUAUUAUGGUUAAAAUUGUAUGCCAGAAAUUUAAAUGAGAUUUUUUGUAUUAAAGAAGUGUGAAAUGGAACAAGUGGGGCAACAUGACUUAAAAUUUACCUUUAAUAAGGUAUACAAUUUAAAAACUGAAUUUAUUACUGAAUUUAUUUCAUUCUUUUUUGUACAUUUCCGUGGGUUUCAUUUUUAAAAAAAAUAAUAAUCUGGCUUGGUUUGAAGCUAUGUGUUAAAUUAGAAUGUUAACAUACGUUCUUGUAAAUGUUUUUGUUUAAUUUUUCACUAAUUCCAUGCUGCUAUUUGUCGAUUAGCUAAUCUCAAGAUAAUACCUCAAAUAUCUUCUUAAAGUUAUCUUCUUUUUAUCCCCCUUCUCCUCUUUCCGUUGGUUUUUACUGCGUGGGUGACAUGGGAUUGCCGCAUCCAUCAGGUAUAUUUGAAUGAUUGCAGCAUCAAUCAGGUAUAUUUGACUGAUUGCCGGAUCCAUCAGGUAUAUUUGACUGAUUGCAGCAUCAAUCAGGUAUAUUUGACUGAUUGCAGCAUCAAUCAGGUAUAUUUGACUGAUUGCAGCAUCAAUCAGGUAUAUUUGACUGAUUGCUCCAUCCAUCAGGUAUAUUUGACUGAUUGCCGCAUCCAUCAGGUAUAUUUGACUGAUUGCCGCAUCCAUCAGGUAUAUUUGACUGAUUGCAGCAGCCUUCAGUUAUAUUUGACUGAUUGCAACAGCCUUCAGGUAUAAUUGACUGAUUGUGGCAGCCAUGAGGUACAGUUGAAAGAUUGCCGCAAGGUGUGAAGCCUGCUGUAGGUUGUGGAUGUUUAAGGUGUCCUUAACACAGUCAAUCUACCGAUGGCAUGGACUCCUUCUGGCCCUCAUACCGGAAUGCCUGCAAUUGUACUGUGCGUGCCGUUGGAACUCUUGCAAUGCUGAUUGGUUGACAGGCAUUCUGACGAUGUUUGACUUAACCAAUUAAUUUGCUGUUGGGCCAUAUACUGGCGGAAAUGGAUGACACCAACCAUUUGUCUUAUUUCUUGGUUCCGCAUAUGGUCACUUCUCGUUUUUUACCAGUUGCUCGCCUUAAACAUCUUAUUACGCAAGGGAAUAUUUUCUCUCUCGAGACAUUUAUUCAGUCAGAGCCCAAUCUAAACAUUGAUAAUUAAGGGUUGGAAAAAAGAUGGCGUUGGAGAUCAUGGCUUUUGUCUCCGCCUUUGUUCUUCUGUGUUUUAGUAGAAAAGGUGAUUCGGUAGGUGACUGCAAAUUAAAAGAUGAUUCGAUACCUGACUGCAAAUUAAAAGAUGAUUCGAUACCUGACUGCAAAUUAAAAAGAUGAUUCGAUACCUGACUGCAAAUUAAAAGAUGAUUCGAUACCUGACUGCAAAUUAAAAGAUGAUUCGAUACCUGACUGCAAAUUAAAAGAUGAUUCGAUACCUGACUGCAAAUUAAAAGAUGAUUCGGUACCUGACUGCAAAUUAAAAAGAUGAUUCGAUACCUGACUGCAAAUUAAAAAGAUGAUUCGAUAGCUGACUGCAAAUUAAAAGAUGAUUCGAUUCCCGCUGCACUCUUGUCUCUAGCUCUCUAUCAGAUUUUCUUAUGAUACAGUUGAGUCUGAAUUUGAAAAAUUAAAUUAUUCUAAUUUUCCCCAUUCUUCCAUGUACAUUCCCAAAUGAGAACCGGAUCAAAUGAUGAUGUAAAUUUUACAGCUUAAAAAAAUUGUUCUUCCAGAUCCGGAUCAAGCUGGCUGGUGGUGACGCCGUUCAGUAUCCGUAAGAUGAUGAACUGGUACAAGAACAACUACAACAACAUCCCCAUCUACAUCACAGAGAAUGGCCUGAGUGACAGGAAUGGAAGCAUCCACGACUGGCACAGAAUCCACUACUAUCGUCUUUAUUUGAGUGAACUCUUGAAAGGUAUCUUAUGAUUUCGCUGGGUAAAAGAAGUUUGUUUUGUUGUUUUUUUCUUUCAAACUGUGGUUAAAUCUAUACUGUAACAGCUCUAUGUCUACAGAAGAUGUAUUGUUUCACUAUUUAGAUAGUUAGGGUAUGAUUUUUGGUCAUGUGCUGCGAACAUUAAGGAUGUAGAGGAGGAAAAUAAGUAUGGACCAGCCACGAUUGUUGAGAGUGUACAAUUAGGAAUCAAGAAGAGCAUGAUUAGACAAUGAUAUUAGAAGAUAUGCUUUAAUGUGGGUAACGAAUCCAUUUUUUUAACGUCACCAGCCAUAAAACUGGACGGCUGCAACGUGAAAGGCUACACAGCCUGGUCGCUGAUGGACAACCUGGAGUGGGGCAAUGCUUAUGAUGAGAAAUUCGGCCUGCACUAUGUGAACUUCUCUGACCCUGCCAGACCUCGCACACCAAAAGCAUCAGUUCAGUUUUUUAGGACACUUAUUUCUGAUGGAGGGUAAAAUUGGCUUUUUUUAAUUUCAAGAACAAUUUUAUUAUCAUCAUUCACCAUCUCAUUAUGAAUUGAGAGAAAAUUGGAACUUGUAUAAGAAAUAUAUUCAAUUAUUUUCAUGAGAUCCAUUAGGGAUUGCAAAAUCUCUUAUAUAUAUUUUCCUUGUGGUGCGCCUGCUCACUUUUCACAACCGGCUCUUCCCCUACUCAACAUAUUUUAUAUUAAUAGUACUCCCUGAAAAAAUAAAGCUGUUAAGCAGCGAUCGUAAUGUCUCGACAGUUGAACCCAGGUAAGAAGGCUCAUUUUUUUCGGAGACAACUAUUACAUUAAUCAAUAAAGAGUCACACGUAUGGUUUAGGACUGUCUGUAGGACUAUGUUUUAAAUGACGGCAGAUAUGAUGGAAGAUUGUCUGUAGGCCUAUUGUUUAAAUUCCGGCUGGUAGGAUGUAAGAUUGUCUGUAGGCCUAUUGUUCAAAGGCCGGCAUGUAGGGUGUACGACUGUCUGCAGGCCUAUUUUUUAAAGGCUGGCAUAUAUUAUAGAAAAUGAGAAGGUAAUUUUUUGGACCCACCAGGUAUUUUCUCAAAACACCUGUACACGGUGUAAGAACUGUUCCCGGUUAAGCCCUAAUGAUUAAUGUUCAACCAACUGAUCUUGAUUUUGAAAUAAGCUAGAUUUGUUAAAUACAUUUCUUCAUGUAAGUUUAUUCGUUAUUUAUUAUUUUUUAAAAAGGAUUAUUUAUCCACAGAUUCAAACAUGGAUAUACACAGAAAGGUGGAUGGGGCACAGCUGUAGAAAAUAGCGAUGGCUUUCUGUACGCCAAGUUUCCUGAAGAUUUUAGUUGGGGAAUGGCGACAGCAAGCUAUCAGAUAGAAGGAGGAUGGAAUGCAGACGGUAUGUCAGGGAGAGGAGACAUGUGGCACUGCAUUACUUUCUUUCUGUGUCUAUUCCAUAAGAAUUGAUAUUGAAUAACACUCAUUGUUAUAGAUCAUUAAGAAUAGACACAAAUGACGUUAUGUCACAUAUAAUUUUUAUUUAAACAUUUAUGACAUACAUUUUUCAAUAUGGACACUGAAAUUUCCUGACCUAUCUUUCAUGUUUGUCCUCAAUGAAUUGCAGGUAAAGGUGAAAGUAUCUGGGACAGGUACAGCCACACAUCAGGCCUCAUACGAAAUAAUGACACUGGAGAUGUGGCAUGUGACAGUUACCACAAGAUGGAUGAGGACAUACGAAUCAUCAAAGAUCUUGGCGUGAGUUUAUUUACAUUUAUUUCUCCGGGUCAACAGAUAAAAGGUGUGCCCUAAAGUAUCUAAUCUGAUGCAAAGAAAGAAGAGUGUUAAAAUAUCUAAUCUGAUGCAAAGAAAGAAGAGUGUUAAAAUAUCUAAUCUGAUGCAAAGAAAGAAGAGUGUUAAAAUAUCUAAUCUGAUGCAAAGAAAGAAGAGUGUUAAAAUAUCUAAUCUGAUGCAAAGAAAGAAGAGUGUUAAAAUAUCUAAUCUGAUGCAAAGAAAGAAGAGUGUUAAAAUAUCUAAUCUGAUGCAAAGAAAGAAGAGUGUUAAAAUAUCUAAUCUGAUGCAAAGAAAGAAGAGUGUUAAAAUAUCUAAUCUGAUGCAAAGAAAGAAGAGUGUUAAAAUAUCUAAUCUGAUGCAAAGAAAGAAGAGUGUUAAAAUAUCUAAUCUGAUGCAAAGAAAGAAGAGUGUUAAAAUAUCUAAUCUGAUGCAAAGAAAUAAAAGUGUUAAAAUAUCUUAUAUAAAACUGUAAAAAUAUCCAAUCUUUUACAAAUAAAUAAGUGUUAAUCAUCUAAUCUUAUACAAAAGUGCUAAAUAUCUAAUCUUAUGCAAAGAAACAAAAGUGUUAAAAUAUAUAAUCUUAUGCAAAUAAAUAAAAGUGUUAAAAUAUCUAAUCUUAUACAAAAGGGUUAAAAUAUCCAAUCUUAUACAAAAGUGUUAAAAUAUCUAAUCUUAUGCAUACAAGCAAAAGUGUUAAAAUAUCUAAUCUGAUGCAAAGAAAUAAAGUGUUGCAAUAUCUAAAAAUCACAGUUAAUGUGGUGUUAAUUUUAUUAGUAAAAUGUUUCUCUUCUAGAUGACCCACUAUAGGUUCUCUAUAUCCUGGUCCCGAGUUCUACCGAAUGGGACUUUUCCAGCUAAUCAAGCAGGCAUUGACUUCUACAAGAAAUUUAUUGAUAAACUUGUGGAGAUAGGUAACACUCAGUCUUGGCGGUUAAAAUUUUCACUUAUGAAGGCUGUGCAUAAAUCUUUCACCUGUGGAAUUUUUAUUCACGUACCAACUAAAAUAACAAGUAUUUUUCUUAAACUGUUUCUGUCAGCAGUUUAUUUAAGACAUAGUACCUUAUAGUUUACCUUCUAAAUACAAUCUUCUUCUUCUUCUUUAUUUUGAGGGCCCACGAUCAAUGAAUUGAUCAUUCAUACAAUUAAAAUGUUCAAAAGUUUAUGAAAUUAAACAUUAUGAGGUUGUCUAUAAUUUUGUACCCUUUCUAUCAUAUUUCAUCCCCACAAUCUUCUCGCCCAGGUGUACAGCCAAUGGUCACCCUGUAUCACUGGGACUUGCCACAAGGUCUACAAGACAAGGGGGGCUGGCUGAAUCCAGAUAUUAUUGUAUGGUUUAGAGACUAUGCAGAACUUUGUUUUUCUGAAUUUGGCAGCAAGGUGAUUAUGAAAUAUGUUGUACCAAUUACAGAUGAUUCUAAGGUUCUUGUGAACGAAUGACCAAAAAAAAUUUUCCGGCAUAAUUUUUUAAAAUUUGUUUUUUAAAUGUGUUAUUGGUCGAUUGCUUAAAAUUCUUCGAUUGGAAAGUCCCACAUUUCAUGAAUGAAUGCAUUUUUUUUUAAAGUUGUCAAAUAGCAGUCACUUUUGUGCCAAACAUUCUUUCAACAGGUUAAAUUGUGGAUCACGUUUAAUGAACCUUGGGUGUUUACAAUCCUUGGUUACGGACGGGGCAGUAUGGCACCUGGUAUCACGGACUUGAAAAAUAAUCCGUACAGAGCCACUCAUAACGUUAUCAGGGCCCAUGCGGAGGCGUAUCACGUCUACCAGUCGAAAUAUAAAUCAAGCCAACUGGGUAUGAUGUGAACAUUAAUCUGUCAUAAAAUUAACUUAUUAUUUAUUUUAUUUUAGUGGUGUCAGGUCAAUUAAGUACAAUUAUUAUUUUUAAUUUAAAUGUUUUUAAAAAAAUAUUUUAAUUAAUUUCAAAAUAGAUUAUAAUGUAUAGGAGUUCUACUAUUUACAUUAUUUCUGCAUAUAUGAGUAUAUAUAUUUUUUAUUCAGGUAAAGUGGGAAUAACGAUGAAUUGUGAUUGGUUCGGACCACGAGAUCCCGCCAGCCAGAGUGACAUCGACGCCUCGGACAGGAGACUCCAGUUCUGGAUGGGCUGGUACGCUCACCCGCUGGCGGUCAACGGCGACUACCCGGACGUCAUGAAGGAGUACGUGCUCAACGCCAGUCUCGCAGAGGGUCUGGCGGCGUCGAGACUGCCCGAGUUUUCAGCUCAAGAAAUGGAGAGGAUAAAUGGUUGAGUACAGUUUCUAUUUUGAGUGCCGAGGUCAUGGGUCAGAGGGACAAAGAUGAACCAAAGCAGCAAGCCAUUUGUUUAUCAAAUAAUAAUGAUAAUUAUUGUUAUCAACACAUGGCUUUAAGUUCAUUGUUUUAUAAAAUUAGUAUGGCCAUAUUCUCAUUUUAAAAAUAUAACAUUUUUUUUUAAAAAUUGGUGGUAUGUUUGUGGGUGUUUGUGGGCUGUCUGUAGGGUGUCAGUGCAUUUUAAUGAUGCUUCUAAAAACAUUAACCAGCGAUGAACUAAAAGGUUUUAGAAUGUGGUUAUAUUUAACCUUCAAUAUGUAACUUUCUAUUUGGUUUUGUAUUUAUUAAUAAAUAGCACUAACUUUGGGUAUUAGCAUCCCUAACAAAAUAUGCAUCUUUUGUGACCAAAGCCUGUCCCCUGGUUGACUAUAAAUCAGCAUAGGUGGUGCUGUAAGAUAUUUAUUCGAGCACUGAAACACCAGAGUACCCCCCCCCCCACCUAUCCAGACCUUUAAUACCUGAUAAGAACUUAAAUAAACUUUCUUUGACUUGACAUUGCUUUGCAGAUAGGCUUGUGUUAUUUUUGUUUUAAAUACAGUAUCCAUUAAUUCAAUUAACAGGCACAGUCGACUUCCUUGGUCUCAACCACUACUCCAGCAAUGUGGCCUACGAGGGUGUAGAAGAUGAGACGGGUUACUUCGGGGACCAAAAAGUUGAAAAUUACAAGGACCCGGCUUGGAAAACGUAAAUGAAAUUAACGUCUUCAGUUAGCUGUUCUUUUCCUUAUCUACAGUAAAUGUUUAAUUUGUGUGUUCAUUUUUUGUACCCUUCUUUCAUUCUGAGUAUUCUUGCGACUCGCGACCAUGGGAUUCGGUUGUAGUUCUCCGAUCAAGUCAACUCUAGUAUCUUUUCUUUCUUGAUUUCUUCACGGAUAAAUUACAAUGAUAACAUGGUAGAUGCGAGAAGCUUCCCGAUCUUCUCAAAUCCUGCGGCUCCUGAUCCUAAGCUAAAAAAUGGUCUCACUUUCACCCUCUGCUGCUCAUACUGGUAUCUUCACUUAGGCCUAUAUUAGAUCUCCCUGUCUAGACAGCAUGCUCAUUUCUUUCAAUCGUUGGAAUUGAUUACCAUGCUUCAAAUUAUGUGUUUCUAACUGUCCUGUUUUGAGAGUUCACUACAUACAUGUCCAGGCCAAUUUUGGCAUGUAGAUAAAAAAUAAAAUGUGUUUCUAUAAACUUAAACAAAUUAAUCAAUAUUAAUUAAUUAUCUACUAGUAGGCCUAAGUGCUACAACUAUUUCUGUAAAAUAUGAAAUAUAACCACUAAUCUAAUUAAAGAAAAACUGCCUUUGUUUAUUUCAUAAUAUGCUGUUUAACAAUAUGUCACCCACGUCUGCUAUUUGUAGCACUUACUGGCCGUACGAUUACCUGGACCCGAGUGGAAUACGCAAAACUUUGAACUGGAUGCGUAUGCAGUACGGCGACAUCCCCAUCUACAUCACGGAGAACGGGGCGUAUGACAGCAAUGGAACAUUGGAUGACAACUUCAGAGUGCUCUACUAUCAAGGCUAUAUCAACAAUGUGUUGAAAGGUGGGGGUUUUCAAAUGCUGCUUUACCAAUGCAGCACCGUACGUGGAUCAUGAUUGCACGAUCAACAACGAUGUCUUCAAGAUUGGUGUCUUAGAAUGCAUGAUUAAUUGAUCCUUUGACCUGCAAUUUUUUUUUCAUGAAAUGACGUAUUGUCUUGAAACAUUGCACGCUAUACAAAAAAAAUUUAUUGACCAAUUUUUAAUUUUUUACAGCCGUUGUUUUGGACAAGGUCAAUGUCAAAGGAUACACCUCCUGGUCGCUGCUUGACAACUUUGAAUGGUCAAGCGGCUUCUCUGUCAAACUGGGAAGUUACUAUGUGGAUUUUAAUGAUCCGAACAGACCGCGGACGCCUAAAGAGUCUGCUAGAUAUCUCUAUGAAGUAUACAAGUAAGUGUUACGUACACUCAUGAUGCCCCUUUGGAAAUAAUGUAAAAUUUAAAAAAAAAAUUAAUUAAAAAAAUUAAUUUAGCAGCUAAUUAUAAAAGUUUUAAACUAUGAGAAUAAAUUUUUUUAGCCUAUGAGAAAAUGGGAAUAAUACAUGUUUUGGCCUAUGAGAAUAAUACAGGUAACCUUGAAGUAAAUAUUUACAUAUCUUUUCAAAGGUUUCCUGCAGUUUGCAUUGAUUUGAUGAUUUAGCCAUACUUUCUUUCAAGUUUAGAAUCCUAAAAUAAUAGUACAGUACAGAAUAAAGAGAUGUUGAAGAUGGUUGACCUUGAAGAGGAAGAUGGUUGACGUGGAAGAGGAAGAUGGUUGACGUUGAAGAGGAAGAUGGUUGACGUUGAAGAGGAAGAUGGUUGACGUUGAAGAGGAAGAUGGUUGACGUUGAAGAGGAAGAUGGUUGACGUUGAAGAGGAAGAUGGUUGACCUUGAAGAGGAAGAUGGUUGACGUUGAAGAGGAAGAUGGUUGACGUUGAAGAGGAAGAUGGUUGACCUUGAAGAGGAAGAUGGUUGACCUUGAAGAGGAAGAUGGUUGACGUUGAAGAGGAAGAUGGUUGACGUUGAAGAGGAAGAUGGUUGACGUUGAAGAGGAAGAUGGUUGCCCUUCAAGAGGAAGAUGGUUGACGUUGAAGAGGAAGAUGGUUGACCUUGAAGAGGAAGAUGGUUGACCUUGAAGAGGAAGAUGGUUGACGUUGAAGAAGUCGGACAUUUCCUUCUCUUAAUUUUCUGUUAACAAUUUAGCUUUUGGUUUUUUUUUUAACCAAUGCCAACAUUUUAUGUUCCCAAACAAGGAACAAUGGAUUUGUAGAAGGAACCUUGACGGACCCAAAGGUUAGGCAGGGGCUUCCCUAUGCGAAUGAGGAUUACUAUGGCGUGUUCCCUGACGGCUUCUCUUUCGGCGUGUCCUCGGUCGGCUUUGACGUCCAGAGUGAAGUUCGUGGUGAAAGUAUGUCAUUUUUUGGGUUACUUUAAGGUGAAAGAUCCAUAAGAUAUACUGUUAACAUGUUUGGAGUUUGUCAGUCUACUGAAUUUGUGGAAAGGGUCACUCUCUAUGGCAAAUUAAACACAGGAGGAAUAACUAGUUUGAUUCAAUGAAAUAUUUAGAAAUAGGUAAUUGGAGACUAAAAAAGGGGCAGAGAGUAUUUAGAAAUAGGUAAUCAGAGACUAAAAAAGGGGCAGAGAUUAGAUACAAGUAUUGCUUAUUUCUUAUUAUUUAUUUGAUCAACACACCUGCUCAUUAAUUUUUGUUGCAUAGUAUGAACUUUUCAUUUUGCAUUUACCGCAAAUAGCACUGCUUUAAAAAAAUCAUAUCGAUUCUUCAUCAGACCGUGGAGAAAGUGCUUGGGAUCUCGUUUUCAACACGUCGGGGCUGGUGUCAUCAGAUAUUGAUGCAGUCACAGUGUUUUCUAGAGACGUUGCCGCUCUGCGCAGCAUUAAGGUAACGGUUUGGGUAUCACUACGUGCAACCGUAAUCAACUUUUGAUUCACCAAAUGAACUGUUAGAUCAGUGGUUCUCAACCUUUAUAAUAACGCGAACCCUUAAUACAGAUCCUUGUGUCGUGGCGACCUCCCAGCUACAUAAAUUAUUUUCGUUGCUAUUUCAUAACUGUAGAGUACAUGUGUUUUUAAAAUGGUCUUAGGCGACCCCUGAGAAAGGGUGGUGCGACCCCCAAAGGGGUCGUGACCCACAGGUUGAGAACCGCUGUGUUAGAUAGUCUUGAUCAAAAACAAAACAAUGACCUCAUUUUAAGUAGGGUAAAACUAGCUAGAUAAAUCUUGUUGGAUAAAGAGUUCAAGUGUGAAAAUAUUGAAAAUUAUAGUGAUAUCUAGAUUAAUAUGAUUUAAUAGACCCAUUUAUAGAUUCGGAGCAGGAUUUUAUUUAUGCUUCUAGGAAUUGUUUUUUGUGUUUAUCAUUUCAAUUGAAUUCUAGCACCCACUGGUGAACAUUGGAAGAAAAUUAAAAUACUUGUGUGUGUUUGAUUUCGUUAAAUUUGAUUUUUGGAGCGCUAACUUUUUUGUCCCUUGAUAAUCUAAAGGCUGACCACUACUACUUUGUGAUAUCGUGGUCACGUGUCCUGCCCGCCGGCAAGGCGGGUGGGGUGAGUCAGUCUGGCAUCAGCUACUACCAGACUUUGAUUGACCAGCUGCUGGACGCGGGGAUUGUACCAGCGGUUGCCAUCAGCCAGUGGGACUAUCCCAGCAGUCUUCUGGUAAAACUAACGUUGUUAUCUUCAUGGUUACGUUUAUCUUAGUGCCUUUAUGAAUUAACCUUUUCCCUCCUCCAAACCACAAGUUCAUAAUGAUGUAAUUGAAUAUAGAUUUAUUUUUUUGUUUCAUUCGUAGGACGUUUUUUUUAAAAUAAUUAAAUUCAGAUGAAUUUAAGUGUUAUCCCCCUCCCCACACUCACACACAAAUUUGUUAAUCAGUGUGUAGCUCAGUUUUUUUCCAGACUUGUGGCAUCUGUGUACCUCUGUCUAUAAUUUUCCUGAUAAAAAAAAAUAGUUUUGUUCUUUUUUUUUUAUUUGCAGCGCGUUCCCCCAUCAAACUCUCCAAUUAUCCCCAAGGGGUACGCUUACCACACUUUGGGAAACACUGCUCUAGCUGAAUCGAACUUUUUUUCAUUUUUCUGUCCCCUUUGAAUUAUCUAAGAGAAAACAAAACCUAUGUCAAAUCUUUCUUCUUUAUAGAACGUGCCUGACAGAUCUGCAGAGUCUAAUGUUGAUGAAUUCCUGUUCUUUGCUAGAACAUGUUUCCAACAUUUUGGAGCAAAGGUAAAUGUUUUAAGAUAAGCUAAGAUAACAUUAUAUAUAUAUAUAUAUAUAUAUAUAUAUAUAUAUAUAUAUAUAUAUAUAUAUAUAUAUAUAUUAAUCCAAAUAAAUGGAAAUUUUUUGUGAUAAAAUUCUACAUAUUCAUUUUCCAGACAUGAUAAAAUACAUAUUUUAACAAAUACAAAAUUUUUACAAUUAUAACCAUUUAAACACAAGACAUCUAAAGUAUUUCUCUAGCGUAGAAAUCAGCCAUCAAUGAACUCCAUCAGUGACAAUGAGUUAAUUAGUGAUCAUUUAGAUUUUGUAACCCCUGGGGGGAGCACGCUGGUUAAUUCGUACAGACUGGGUAACAAAAUAAUUUUCACACUGUUACAAACCUAUUCUUGCUUAAUAAGUUCGUUGGCUCGUUGUCUAGGGGGCUUAAAUAACAUAUACUUCACCAACCAUUAUUGUCAUUUUAAAUAUCUUUAUUACAUAAAUAAGUUACAGCUUCAACUGCCAUUUCUCACAACAACCCCAACACACUAACUACUCCACGUCAUAUCCACUUUCGCGCAAUACGUCACUAGAUACUACGAAUAAUAGAUAAAACAACUCAUAUAAUCUCAAAGCAACACGCAAUCACACCAUGCAUUCAAGUUCUUAUUACACACCAUUCAUCCCUAACUUUAAUGGGAAGAAAUCAUUGAUUGAGCCGCUCUUUGGUAUCUGUGAUGAAGUUUUGUUUAGUUUUACAAUAACAUUUCACUUCAAAAAGUUCUUAAAGUCAAGGAUGUUUAGGUUGUGUGAUAUCCCUAGCUUUCUUGAUUAGUCUACGUAAUCGGUGUUUGGUGUCAGACGAUGAACCCUCACACCAGCAGGUCAUACUCAAGUUUAUUGGGCUUCCAUUUGUUGCACUGCAGAAUAAGUUAACAACUUGCUUGUUUACUCCACAAUUGUACUUUUUUUUUUUUUUUGGAUUGAAAAAUCUUUGAUAUAAUUAUUUUAUACAGAAUUUGUCCUUUUACAUGGCAUGUUAACUUAUUUUUAAUGGUAACGCAUAGCUACUUAUUUGUCUAUACUGUAAUUUUUUAAUUUUUUUCAAUCUGCAAUUUUGUGGGUCCCCUUUGAAAAUCGACAACCAUUUCCUUCAUUUUUGAGACAUUCAACUGAAGAAGAUUUUCCUCGCAUUAACUGAUAAAGCUUUUAACUAAGUUGCGGCAUAAGCCACAGGAGCCAGGUCAAUUAAUCAGAGCCAAACGCUCACUAAACACUGACUUCACCUAUAACAACCAAAUAAGCAAUCACAUCCGGAACAAUAGUAAAUGCUUCACUGUGCCUCCGUGUAACACAGUCCAAUAUAAACAAUCAUUCUUCCCACGCACAAUCAUCGCUUGGAACCACCUGGAAAAUGUUGCCGUGGGCUCGACAUCAAUCGAGAGUUUCAAGGCUGCCCUAGGCAUCCGCUAGGAGCCGUUAGGAUAGCCGCAUCACUUCCCCAAACGUUGCACAUCUGCCAGUACAUGGAUGCAGCAACGUACCGAACCAGAGCAAGAAGCUUUCCUCUUGAGAUAUUAAGCCAACAAUACUGGUAUCAUCAUCAAAUUUAAUGAUUGAAACCGUGUUGCUUGGGCUCUGGAUAUCUUUGGCAUAUGUUGUAUACGGGCCAAGGGAGAGCAUGCAAACUUGUGGUUUUAUUUAUUAACAGCCCCGGUUUUAUUUCUCCAGUUAAUGGUAUGUGGGCAUUCACCUUGACGUAUUGCAGAUGUUUUAUUAAAAAGUUCAGAAUCCUACUUUUUUUAAUAACUGUUUAUUUAAUGGUAAGCUCACAACAUUUUUUAGCUAUAAUAAUGACAGAGGACUUGGUUUGCUUCGUGAUACAUAGAUUGUAUUCUACCAGAGCGAGCAGUGUUUAAAUAAUACAUGGUUUACUCUUGCAAUAGGUACGGUACUGGUCAACUUUAUCCUUGCCGGAAAAUUUCCCGCAUCUCUUAACAAGCGGUCGAAUAAGAGAUGUCUUUGAGAUCUACCGUAGCUUAUUGUUAUCUCAUGCAAGAACGUAUCACAUGUACACAGAUGAAUUCAAAGCCUCACAGAAUGGUAAGGAUAUAUGCUUGCUGAGGACUACUUUAUUUAAGUUGUGAUAUAUUAUAUAUAGUCGUAAUAUUUUACAAGACAAUGCAUAAAGCAGUAUCAGUUUCAUAAUACAUUCUCUAAAGUAAUUUUGAAAAUGUCUAUAUGACCAGGCAGCAUUGGUAUCUCACUGGCACCUAUACUAGGUGUGCCCAAGGACCCUAGAGAUCCCAGCCAUGCAACAUCAGCUGAACGGCUGACCGAAUACAGUCUGGGGCUUUUUGCUGACCCCAUCUUUGGGGACGGGGAUUUCUCCGAUGAGGUGAAAAAAGUUGCAGGCUCAAAUUUAGGUCACUGGUCGACAACUGAAAAGGCUCUUCUCAAAGGUUAGUCACAUCAAUGUAAUUCCUCUUAACAGAAACGAUUCUUAUUGCUAAGACAAUAUUUAUGCAGGCUAUUUUUAAAAAUAAAUAAAAUAGUUCAACAAGUAACAAAUACAGUUGUUUUUUUUUAAUUCCAUGAAACUUUAAAAAAAUUCAAUCACUUUUCAAAGCUGUAAAAUCUUAAACACUGCAGUUUGUUUUAAGUGGCAACUAUUUACAGAAUAUUUCAACUUCUAAGAUAUUUUUUUUAAUUAAAUAAUGGCGGAAUGGGCUUUCAAUCUUAUAAAAAAAAAUAAUAAAAUGAAAAGAUUUGUGUAGCUCUUAGUGUUUACUACUUGUCUGUAAUGUAGAACCUGCCAAUGCUUAAUAUAUUUACAGUUUUCUUUUCUUCGUGCAUAUUACUUUUUUUUUCUUUUUUUUCUGCUGUCUUGGUCAACUGAUGGACAAUUUAAAUUUUUUUUAGAAAGGCUUUAAAAAAAAAAGAAGUAAAAAAACAAACAAACCAAAAAUUAGACAAACAUCUGAAAGCCAUGUAAUUUUAUUGUAAAAUAGUCAAAAGGUAUUUUUUUUCGUAUCUUGUAGGGAGUGCCGAUUUCUUUGGUCUUGACUACUACGUGACCAAAGAAGUUGGCAGAGAUGUGAAUGUAUCAGCAGAGGGCGUGUUGUCAUUCAAAGACUACCCGACCGUGGGCCAAACGAAGCCCGAAGGGCUGCGAUCACUGCUGGGUCUCAUCCGCAGGCGUUACAACAACAUCCCGGUCGUGAUCACUGGAAAUGGUCUUUGGAGAGCAGAUGAGACGCUCGGCGACGCGUCCAGAGGACAGUUCAUAGUCCAGCAUGUGGACGAGGUUCUCAAAGGUAAGUUUUUUGCAUUUCUAAUAAUGAGAGGGUUGGACUGCGAUAAAGCUUUUGAGUAGAUUAUUGAGAGACAAUUUGUGUAAAUAAAACAAUAUAGGUUAAGUUUUAAUUACGCUUAGUUAAAAUGUAAUUUGAAAAGUGUCAUCAAGAUGCAUCAGUGCAACAAAAAACGUGCAUACAAGUUUAAUUUAAAUUUACAUAAUACAGGUAUGACCUACUUUUACUGAUAACCAAAGAAAUGAAAGAAAAGAAUAAGAAUUGGCGCAAGCCCCUAGUGAAAAGAUAUGAUCAGGAGAACAGUUAUAAAGUGGGUGAAAGUAAAAUCUAAAAGCCAAAUAGGAAAGUACAUUGCAGCUAUGUAAAUGUGCGAAUUUGGUUUAUACCGCAUGGUGCCAACGUACCAAAUCGUGUUAUUAAUUUAUUUUCAUACAAAUUCUAUCCGGUGUAUUACUUCAAAAAUACAAUAUCCCAGUCAUUGCAACAUCCAAGUCAUUGCAACAUCCAAAAUUUGAUUAUGGUUAGCAAUAUUGAAAAGUUUGGAAAGGAGACAAAGAGCUUUUUCAUUAAUGUUGUACAUAUGGUGUCUAAAAGGGUCUCUAGGCAAUGACCUUUCUCCCCGAAGCAUGAUUUUCCGUACCUUUCACAAAGGAUGGUGUUAAUUAGGUUUUCGACUUGUGCUAGUAGAACCGUCUUUGCUUCUGAACAUUUCCAGAGGGAAAGUGAUCGUAGCAACGUCAAUCACACAGGGACAUGUGUUAUUUAUUAUCAGACCACAGACAGCCACAGACAGUCACAGACAGCCACAGACCACAGACAGCCACAUACAGCCGCAGAUCACAGAGAGCCACAGACCACAGACAGUCACAGACAGCCACAGACAACAGACAGCCACGGACAGCCACAGACCACAGACAACCACAGACAGCCACAGACAGUCACAGACCACACACAGUCACAGACCAGACAGUCAUAUACAGUCACAGACCACAGACAGUCACAGACCACAGACAGCCACCGAGCACAGACAGUCACAGACCACAGUCAGUCACAGACCACAGACAGUCAUAGACAACAGACAGCCACAGACCACAGACAGUCACAGACCACAGACAGCCACAGACCACAGACAGCCACAGACAGCUUCAGACAGUCACAGACCACACAGUCAUAGACCACAGACAGUCACAGACCGCUGACAGUCACAGACCACAGACAGUCACAUACCACAGACAGCCACAGACCACAAACAUUCACAGACCAGACAGCCACAGACCAGACAGCCACAGACCAGACAGCCACAGACCACAGACAACCACAGACAGCCACAGACCGUCACAGACUACAGACAGUCACAGACCACAGACCGUCACAGACCACAGACAGUCACAGACCGAAGACAGUCACAGACCACAGACAGUCACAGACCGCAGACAGCCACAGACAGCCACAGACCGCAGACAGCCACAGACCGCAGACAGUCACAGACCGCAGACAGUCACAGACCGCAGACAGUCACAGACCGCAGACAGUCACAGACCGCAGACAGCCAGUGUCGUAUGCUAUAAUAGCAUGGAGGGACGUUGCUUCUAAAAAGCAUGUCCCUUCAAGGCUCUUGUUUUCUGAUGUUAGACGAUGGGCUUUUAGAGCACUUGGGUUACAGCAUGUGGGGAUUUUAAUAGCCAUGAAAUAGUUUGAUAAACCACAGUACACGGUUUCAUUUUUUAAUAAACCUUUGCCAUUAAGUAUAUCAAAUAUGUCCUUUGGUUGUUAAGAGAGGGCUGUAAAGUGCCCAUAAGAGCACAUAAUAUAAUUAAUAACAUUAUUAUCAUUUUUUGAAAAAAUAUAUAUAUUUGCUAAUGAUUAAAAUAUUGAAACUAUGUUGCUUACAAGAAGCAGACAUCUAAAGGAAUUUUUGCGUUGGUUAUUUUUUGGUUAACUUGUAAUUAUUUAGUUUAUGUCAUCCAACCAUAUCAAGUGUCAUCCAAACCAUAUCAUGUGUCAUCCAAACCAUAUCAUGUGUCAUCCAAACCAUAUCAUGUGUCAUCCAAACCAUAUCAUAUGUAGCCAAACCAAAAAUAUGUCAUCCAAACCAUAUGAUAUGUCAUCCAAACCCUAUCACAUAUCAUCCAAACCAUAUCAUAUGUAGCCAAAACAAAAAUAUGUCAUCCAAACCAUAUGAUAUGUCAUCCAAACCCUAUCACAUUUCAUCCAAACAAUAUCAUAUGUAGCCAAACCAAAAAUAUGUCAUCCAAACCAUAUGAUAUGUCAUCCAAACCCUAUCACAUAUCAUCCAAACAAUAUCAUAUGUCAUCCAAACCCUAUCACACAUCAUCCAAACCAUAUCAUAUGUCAUCCAAACCCUAUCACAUAUCAUCCAAACCAUAUCAUAUGUCAUCCAAAACCUAUCACAUAUCAUCCAAACCCUAUCACAUAUCAUCCAAACCCUAUCACAUAUCAUCCAAACCAUAUCAUAUGUCAUCCAAACCCUAUCACAUAUCAUCCAAACCCUAUCACAUAUCAUCCAAACCCUAUCACAUAUCAUUCAAACCCUAUCACAUAUCAUCCAAACCAUAUCACAUAUCAUCCAAACCCUAUCACAUAUCUUCCAAACCCUAUCACAUAUCAUCCAAACCAUAUCACAUAUCAUCCAAACCCUAUCACAUAUCAUCCAAACCAUAUCACAUAUCAUCCAAACCAUAUCAUAUGUCAUCCAAAACCUAUCACAUAUCAUCCAAACCCUAUCACAUAUCAUCCAAACCCUAUCACAUAUCAUCCAAACCAUAUCAUAUGUCAUCCAAACCCUAUCACAUAUCAUCCAAACCCUAUCACAUAUCAUCCAAACCCUAUCACAUAUCAUCCAAACCCUAUCACAUAUCAUCCAAACCAUAUCACAUAUCAUCCAAACCCUAUCACAUAUCAUCCAAACCCUAUCACAUAUCAUCCAAACCAUAUCACAUAUCAUCCAAACCAUAUCACAUAUCAUCCAAACCCUAUCACAUAUCAUCCAAACCCUAUCACAUAUCAUCCAAACCAUAUCACAUAUCAUCCAAACCAUAUCACAUAUCAUCCAAACCCUAUCACAUAUCAUCCAAACCCUAUCACAUAUCAUCCAAACCCUAUCACAUAUCAUCCAAACCCUAUCACAUAUCAUCCAAACCAUAUCAUAUGCAUCUAUCGUUUUCAUAUUAAAUGAUUUUAUCUCUCGAAGCUGUUCGCCUUGAUGGCAGUGACGUACGAGCAUACACGUAUCGCUCUCUGACUGACAGCUUCGAGUGGACGUUGGGCACCUCCCCAAAAUUUGGACUGUUCGGGGUUGAUUUCGGUGAUCCCUCCAGAACUCGAACACGGCGGGUCUCAGCGGAUACAUUUUCUAAAAUUGCUGAGAACAAUGGAAUCUUGAAAGACGAUUUCUAAGCAAAGCACUUUUCUUGGAAUUUUUUUUUUUAAGUCACUUUGUAAAUUUAUGUACAAAAAUAAUUGAACUUAAUUUACUUCAAACUCAAUCAUAUUUUUUUUAUUUUAGACUAAAGAUAAGAUAUAAUUUAGUUUUGAACUAGGUUUUCCUAAAUUUUUUUGCAAUGAAUAAAGAUUAUCAAAAUUAUUGCAGUGAUGCAAUUUUACCCUAACUCUGACAUUUCCAAUGUUAACAUAACUCUGACAUUUCCAAUGUUAACAUAACUCUGACAUUUCCAAUGUUAACAUAACACUAUAUUUCCAAUGUUAACAUAAUUCUACAUUUCCAAUGUUAACAUAAUUCUACAUUUCCAAUGGUAACAUAACACUAUAUUUCCAAUGUUAACAUAAUUCUACAUUUCCAAUGUUAACAUAAUUCUACAUUUCCAAUGUUAACAUAACUCUGAAAUUUCCAAUGUUAACAUAAUUCUACAUUUCCAAUGUUAACAUAACUCUGACAUUUCCAAUGUUAACAUAAUUCUACAUUUCCAAUGUUAACAUAACACUACAUUUCCAAUAUUAACAUAACUCUACAUUUCCAAUGUUAACAUAACACUAUAUUUCCAAUGCUAACAUAACUCUACAUUUCCAAUGUUAACAUAACUCUACAUUUCCAAAGUUAACAUAACUCUACAUUUUCAAUGUUAACAUAAUUCUUUAUUUCCAAUGUUAACAUAAUUCUACAUUCCAAUGUUAUUUCCAAUGUUAACAUAACUCUACAUUUACAAUGUUAACAUAACUCUACAUUUCCAAUGUGAACAUUACUCUACAUUCC